AUGUUGCGCUUGGUCUUGUUGACGGGGGCGCAGGAUCAAAGCCACGCCACUCACGGCCACUGGAGGCUCUUUCUGGCUGCCAGUGGUUGGCUUCCUUCGAAGCGAUCGAAUGUGGCAUGCGUGUUUCUUUUUCUUUUUUUUUUAUCGUCGUCGAUGGGCUCUUUCGACUUGGUAGUUGUGCGUGUAUGAGUGUGUGUAUGUGUGCGUGUGUGUUUCUCAGAGAGUGAGUGCCGUACCUUUAAACAUCUCGGUCGGUAGUUCGUAACAGCCUUCUGUGCAGUGAGGAUCGAUGUCCCAGAAGUGGUGUUUCUUUUGUGGAAGGAUCGUCAUGCGAGACGUAUGAUUGGUGCCGAAGGGAUUAGAAUAGCUCCCCCAGUGCAGUGAUUAUGGAUCUUUGAUGGAUUGUUAUCCAUACCCAAAUCAAAGAUCUCCCUUGAAAGAGAUCCGGGAGGAAGGUCUUUUUCAUUGUGAUCCCUUGGAUGAGGGUGAAUCCGUUGAAGCUGAGGCUGAGAGUGGACAGCCCUCGAACAAGUGCUCCUUACCUGACUUGGUAACCACGUCAAUGGCUGCGUCCAUUCAGCAGCCCAGAAAUCUUUUUGACAGUGUGGUGCUGUUGGACCAUUUGCCAGAGUCUUCGGGGGAUGAUGACGAUGGGGAUCACUUGUUCUUGCUCCCAGACCGUGUCCUGGCCAUGGACAGUAUCAGUUUCCGAGAAGAUGUGGCCGCUAUAGCACCUUCGUUCCUACCCCAACAGCACUCGCCGCACAAUUCUCUAGAUUCGAGCGAUUCCAAUCGAUCUUUGCGGCUCGCCGAUGACUCUGAAGGAUUACGAUUGGCCCGAGCUAGUAAUGGCUGUCGGACUCUUUGGCUCUGUGAAGCGGGACUGAUUGGCCAAACGUCCUCGAAUUCAAGUUCGGGUCAUUUACUGGUGGAUGACUCACCCACUCUCACAAGCAACAAGUCCGUUCCUGUUCACGAGGACGACAUCCACUCUCAAUCUCCCACAUCGUCUCCACCCCCACCCCACCAGCUACAUCACCAUCAGCAGCAACAGUACCAUCCCCAACAACAACAACAACAACAAGUCUCCAGUCAGAAGAACGAAGAAAGCCCGCCCUCAAAUAGUCAUCCCCAGCCUCAGCCUCACCAUUUGGACGAGGAUGUGGAUCUCGAUCACUCGGGGCAGAGUCGAGAUGAUGUGAACACGCCCAGCUCCAAGCGGCCGCUUUCCAGAAAAUCAUCAACUCACCGAAGUCGCGACCAAUUGUCUUUGUCUACCAAAGAACGCGAAGAUCGAGUGCGGAAAAUUAAAGAGCAUCAAGAGGAAGAAAGAAGGAAGAAGUUGGAGGAACUCAAACAGCACGCACAGGCAUCUCAAAAGUUCCGUGAGCAACAGGAAUUCGAACGAAGACGACACUUUGAGCUUUUGAGAUCCAAGGAGAACGAGAAGUUGAGUGCUGUGGUUGAGCGUCGAAAAGCCAUCGAGAGUGCUGAUCGAGAGCGAAAAGAGGCCUUACUCAAAAAGGCCAUCGAGCGUGAGGAAAAGAUCAUGGAGAAGCGACGUGAACAGCAGGCCAGGAUGACCUUUGCAUUUGGAAGCUCCACACCACGAUCCCUUCAUCCCAACUUGGGAUCCAGCUCGGAUAUUUGGGGAUCCAGUCGCAGGUUGGCAUCUUCCAGCAAUGGUCAAGGGAACAUCAUGAGUCAAUCCAUGUACAGUCCCGGCCCCACGGCCAAUCGAAAGUCCGCUGAGCGGGAGUUGAUGGAUGAAUCUAUGAAGAAAAGAACCUCCUCGGUUCACGGAUUAGACAAGAGUGGAGAUGGUCGCCCGAGGUUAUCCACAUGGAAAGACCGAUCUUCAGCGGUCAACCGAUCCUCACCUUCGAGAUUCUUACCCAACCUCAAGUCUAUCAUGGCUUCACCGGCCUCUGGUGCGGCCUCGGCCAAAAAUACCUCCAAUACUAAUCUGAAAGGCGUUGGAACAACGGCAGGGCUCCUCUAUAGGAAGGACAGAUUCACCAAAGUCCAGUCCCAGCCAGGAUCGCCCAUGGCCGAACAAUCGCCAUUGUACUGGUUCAUUCGCGACAUUGACAUUGGUGAUAGUCACUCUGAACGUAGCUCGAACCGUCGAGCACCCUCAGCUGAUGGUCGCGGACCUCGUCCUCCUGGUCCGAGUCCUUGCAGCAGAUCCAGACAUGACUCGCACUUCAUGCGAGGUUCAGCCUCCUUAGUUGGCGGCGAGGACUCUGGUCUUGGCUUGCCUAGUUCCUCCAUGAGCCAAUCAUUUUGUUUAAGUGGAACGGGUGGAACAUUCACUGCCCAUCGUCGCCGCACUGAUCUCAUGCCUACCAUCACGCCGGGAAUGAUGGCCCGGGAAUCGGGUUCGUCUCGCUCGAGUACACCCGCUGGAACCAAGCGAUCCACCCCAGGUAGGGCUGUCUCCAUGUCCAGGCUUGACCAAUUGUCCAGACCUAGGUUGCAUGCUAACCACAGCCCAAGCCACACUAGACACAUGGCCAAGGGAACAUCAAAGACUUCUCUACCCAACCAACACCAACACCACCACCACCAACAACAACAACAGCCAGGCUCUUCACAUUAUGUGGACGUGGUGUUUAGGCAGGGCAUGUCUGCGAGUGUGUCCAUGGGACAUCUUAACCGACCUCCAUCUAACUCGGCUAAUCACAUCAAUCACCGGUCCCCGGUCAAGCGGCGAAGCUCUCAGCUAGCCAAGCGACCUCCGAGACCUCGCCCGGAAGGAAUCAGCCGAGAGAGCUCUUCGGUCCAUCAAUCCCGACCUCCCAGUGCGAUGAGCUCGGACUCGAAUACCAAUACCAAUGGAGGGGUUCGAAUGCGGCGAUCUCACGUCAGAAGAGCCCGGCCCAUCAGUAUUGCCACCACGGGCAUGUCCACCUCCAUGAUUGAAACCAGACGAUCCACACCCUCUAGAACUAAUCAAAAAUCCUUAACAUCAUCCACGAGAAUGACUCGAUCCAAGAGCAUAGACAAGGACGACGACAAUAACAGUACCAAAAGUACGAACUCCUUAUCGAAAAGUCCCUCGUCCAAUGCUGUGGGUGGAACGCCUCGUCGAACCCCCGCUCAAGUCAAAGCUGAUUCCAACGCCAAGAAAGGGAAGACCCCAGUGAAAGCACCUUCUACUCCAAUGAAGUCACCCGUGGGCAAGAAAGAUUUUGUGAGCUCUUCAACUUCGAUUGAAGAGAGACCACCAAAAUCAACCACUCCGGAUUUAACCCCCAAAUUCCAAACUGAAGAGGUGACCCCUGACGUAAUUUCUGGAGGAGCAAUCGGAGAAGGCCAAAAGUCGCCUGUAAAGGAUAAGAGUCCACCCCCGUCGACGGCAGAUGGUGGACAAGAAAACACCGCGGAUAGUGGACCUGGAACGCCCAGUAAGAAGAUCAUCUCAAGUGAGGAAGAAGCCAAAGCGAAAUUGGCCGAAAAACGACGACAAAUGAAGGAGAAGAUGGAACGCGAAGCAGAGCUAGAAAGGCAGCGAUUGGCCGAAGAAGAACGAUUGGAAGAGGAGCGACGACUCAAAGAGGAGGAAGAAGAACGUUUGGCAAUGAUCGAGGCUGACCGUCUGGCUGCUUUGGCCAGACAAGCAGAAGAGGAAAGGCUUCAAAAGGCCAUGGAAGAGGCUCAAAAACGAGAAGAAGAGGAGAGACAACGCAAAGAGGAAGAAGAAAAGGCCAAGAAGGAGAAGGAAGAGGCGGAGCGAAAAGCACGUGAAGAGGCAGAGAUGAAGCAAAAAGAAAUGGAGGAAAAACAUCGGAAGGAAGAGGCCGAGCGUCUAGAGCGGAAGAAAAGAAUCGAGCAGAUCAUGGCCCGAACUCGCGGUAGUAAGGGCACGCCCACUUCGACUCCCAAGAAAGAGGCUGCUGCGGCACCUGAUACUAAGUCAGAUGACUUGAAUGGCACCAUUGUCAAUCCGGCGGAAAGCGACAACGAAAAUGCCUACCAGUCUACGUCAGAUCCUCGAGAUCAAACUCAACACCAUUCCGCGAAUGCCGAUGACAUGUCCGGGGAGCAGAGCUCGUCCACUGCUUCGGCCACGCCCCAGCCCGACCUCCUAGGGGAUCUGUUUUCCAAUAACAAUAAAGAGCAGAGCAACACUCUGGCUUCACCCACGGCACCAUCAUCAGUGUUUGCUGAGAACGAAAAGAAUCAAGCUCAGGAUGCGUCACCUAACAAGCAAUUGCUCUUGGAUUCUCCCGAGGAGAAGGGAACCAUAGACACCCAAAUUAAAGAAGUGUCUGCUUCUAACUCCAACGGACAGAGCCAUGGUAAUGGCAACCAUGAAUUCGACCAGAUCCUCGACCUAAAUGAGGCUAAAGAAUCCUCUGCCUCGGAAGUAACCACAGCCCCCAUUAUAGCCUUCGAGAAUGAGACAACGAAUGGAGGUCAAGAGUCUGGUGCUGCAAGUCCGUUGAACAAGUUGGAUGCCAACACCGCUGGUAUGGCAUUUAUUGCGUAGGCAUUAGAUUUGUUAUCGUGAAGAAACGUGGAGUUGACCCUUCUUUGUUACGGUGAUGAAAAUGAUAACGAUUGAGCUUCCUAUCAAUCAGCUCCACCUACUUCUCUUGUGUCUCUGCGACAUGCAGCAAUGGAUUUCGUGCUUACUGAUCAGUUCUAAGCAUUUCGUAGCCCUGAAUUUGUUCUCUAGUGGUGAUUUCCAGUUCUAUUAUUCCCUGAACACGUGGUGGAAUUCCAUCGAAGGAAAACAAGAAGAGCAACCCCAUUUGUGAUAUCAUUUACGUUUUAGGAUCAUUUUCGUUGGCGCAUCACAAAGACGUUCUUUCGCGUGUUGGUCCUAAAAGCAAGCUGCUACUGCUAUUAUUACUCUUACUCCGGUAUAUUUUUUUCUAAGAAAAACUAUUCGUCGUCCAGCCCUGCCUGUGCGCUUACUUUUCGGUGAAUGUGGCCACGUGAAAAACCCACCCAGAACACACAAGUGCAUUAUCUCUAUCUUUAUUAUUAUUAUUGAGAACAUUCGACACCUUGCUUCGUGAUAUUACAGAAGAACAUCAUCAAACCCACCUGGUUUUGAGAGCUGAUGCAUAGUGAUUCCGUGACUUAUGUUCGUUUAGUUUUCGAAUAUUAAUGACGAGGUUCUCCAGUUAACAACAAUUCCAUCAUUAACAAUAAUGCUCCAACUCAUUUACCUUCAUUUAUCGUCUGGACCACCCAUUUUGUUUUUUUGGACCAAUUUUGCGCGCCAGGACAUGGAAGUGCCUCGUGUGCUUCACUUAUCCGUUUGUGUUUGUACAUAAGUCCUCUCUGUGAGAACGGUACUUUUUCUUUUCGACCACAUUCAGCACCCAAAUUCAUGAACAUCAGAUUAAUAAAACGGCCUCCAUCACGCUCA